UCACCCAUCACCCUUUUCGCGCCCGUACCCUGUAGCCCCCAUCCAGAUUUCGACUAUCCCUGUCCCCCCAUCUACCCCACUGAUCGCCGAGCUUAAUUACCGAACACUACCACCAAACAUCUACACUGGUUUUCUCCUUGCGUCUACCCACCACGACCGAGCCGACUGGAUCCACCAUGUCUUCCAAUUCUAUCAAGAUUUUCACGGGAAAUUCCCACCCGGAUCUCGCUGAGAAGGUUGCUAAGAGAAUUGGGAUUCCCUUGGGAAAAGUGUCAGUAGUUCAAUAUUCGAACCGGGAAACAGCCAUUACCAUUGGUGAAUCGGUCCGUGAUGAGGAUGUUUUCAUCAUUCAAACGGGAUGUGGUUCCAUUAACGACCACUUGAUGGAGCUGCUAAUUAUGGUGAAUGCUUGUCGUUCCGCCAGUGCUCGCAGAAUCACGGCCGUUAUCCCCUGCUUCCCUUAUGCACGUCAAGACAAGAAAGACAAGAGUCGUGCUCCCAUUACGGCUCGUCUUGUCGCAAACAUGCUUCAGACAGCUGGUUGCAACCAUGUAAUUACCAUGGAUCUCCACGCUUCUCAGAUUCAGGGUUUCUUCAAUGUUCCUGUGGAUAACCUUUACGCUGAACCUUCUGUUCUGCGUUACAUUCGUGAAAACAUCGAUACAGAUACGCAUCCUACUGUAAUUGUUUCUCCCGAUGCCGGUGGUGCCAAGCGUGCUACGGCUCUCGCCGACCGUUUGGAUCUCGACUUCGCGUUGAUUCACAAGGAACGUCAAAAGGCCAAUGAGGUUUCACGCAUGGUUUUGGUCGGUGACGUGAAAGACAAGAUUGCCAUCUUGGUUGAUGACAUGGCCGACACUUGCGGUACAUUGGGCUUGGCUGCUAAGACUUUGAAGGAAAAUGGUGCCAAGAGUGUGUACGCCAUUGUCACUCAUGGCAUUCUUAGUGGAAAAGCCAUUCGUGUCAUUAACGAAAGUGCUUUGGAGAAGGUUGUCGUGACGAACACCAUUCCCCACGAGGACAAGAAGAUCCUCUGCAACAAAAUUGAGACGAUUGACAUUUCGGGCGUUUUGGCCGAAUGUAUCCGUCGCAUUCACCAUGGCGAGAGUGUUUCUGUUUUGUUCAACAUUGCUCCCGCAUAAAUUAUUAGGUGAAGCAGCGUUUGUGCCACGCAGAGUGAGUACGCAUGCGUGGAUUUACGCGUCAAAUUACCUUAAUCAUCUUUUUUUUUCUCUAUUCACAAUAUCGUUUCGUAUCUCGGUUUCGGUGUUAACAUCUAUACCGUUGACACCUGUUCUAUCUCUUUUUGCACUUGUAGAUACCGUCCCUUGCGCAGUGGGUCAAUAGUUUGGAGUUUUCUUGCGAGUUGAACCCAUUCUUCCUGCUCUUUUCCGUCGACGAGCUGUGGAUUUAUGCGUUGGAGGCUUCGACCAUACUCAAUGAGUAAUUCACAGCACCCUGGUUGGCGAUUAGUAAAUGCACAAGAGGUAC